AGCAAAAACGUUGUCUUGCGCUAUUGUGGUGUGAUGUGGCAUUUGGAAGGAAGCACGCAAACGUCGAAAGUAACCUGGCUGAACCCAGCUCCAGCAGGCUUAGUUCAUUAAUAAUGAAUACAUUAAAAAUCUUUACACUUUACAAGUAAAAGAUAAGUGAAGAACCUGGAGUUAUCAAAUCGUGAAGAAAAUGCAAAAGUAACAUUUUAUAUUCGGUAAAUGGACACAGUGUAAUACAUAAGAAGACAGAAAUGUAUAUUUGUUUGAGGAAUAAGUGGUGAAUUUAAACAGCUGGAGAUAAUAAAAGGGUUACCCUGUGAUGUACAGUACGCGGCGUCAGCAGAACGAACUACAGUAUUUUGAUUCUGUCUGAAAAUUGAUUUGAACAAGUACAAUAUCACAUCUUUCUACCGUGAAUCGAAAUGAUUCCACUCCUACACCGCAUUCUGACACAAUGAGAGAUGAGAAGGAAAUCCUUUCUUGAUUCAAGCUGGUGAGGAAGCAAAAUACUUAAAAUGCCACAAGACUGUGUUUGAAGAUGCGCUGCAAGAGGAGACCUGUAGUUGCUUUCAGCUUCCUCUUUGCUCUGUCUGUGAUGAUGAUAAACAGCUUUCUGUCCUUCCCUCCUGCCUACUACAGUCUGCAGGAGUUGGAGCCACGUGAAGACUCCAUCAGGAAACGAGCUGUCUUCACUUCUGUCCAUGAGCACUGGACACUUGGUACGAGGGAAGAGCCAAUCAAGUACUUUAUUGUUGAGAAACCAAAGAACGAUCAGAGGGCUCACCCCAAUAAACUUCCUAUGAGCAGCAACACACAUACCUCAAAAGCAAAAAGGAAAACUCAGGUAUAUACCUCAAAGGCCAGAGAAGGAAGGUACCUCCAUCUCUCUGCACUGGAUGCAGAGGGUGUACUCAGUAACCGCCAAUUACAAAGGAAGGAAGGUGACAGGAAGAACAUAGUGUCCAAUCGGACGCCUCCAAUUGGUGGGGACUUGCAAAGUUCACUGAAGCUUAAACUCAUAUUCACUGCAAAGAGCCAAACUAAUGGUGGGGAGUUGUUACAGCGCAAAUACAAACCAGAUGUGCAAGGCGUCACUGGUGGUGCAAAGAAGUUUGUAGUCCCUCUGGCAGCUGGAGGAAAGCUGCAUGCUAAAGAUAUUAGAAAACUUGAAAGGAAACCCAGGCCUGCCACGUCUUUGGAUAGGAAGAUGCUGCCUUUGCUAGGUCAGUGGAAGGAUGAAUCCAGACCUCUGUCCAAGGCUGCUAGACAGACAGAGUUUCCUUUGUGGGGAAAGCUUGCAGAAGACCCAUUCCCAGAAGAUCUGAAAGGGAACGUCAGGUUUGGAGAACAGCCACCCCCGUGGUUCAGUCCAGAAGAUGUAAGAAAGAUGAAGCUGCUUGCUGACGGUGUGGUUAUCAAUAAAUCAAGGGUGCCAUCUCAUGGACAAGUAAUGAAGGUGGGCCUUAGACGGGGCACUUCUCCAGAGCCUGAAGACCUAGAACACCACUGCCAGGAUGGCCUCUGUGCUCUGAUCAAGCGUCCAGAGGACUGGUUUGAAGUCUUUGCCUUCCACUUGGACAGAGUUCUGGGGUUGAACAGGAGCCUGCCAUCCGUGACAAGGAAAUUCCACAGCGAACUUCUUCCAUACAAGUUUACGAGAGGUCCAGCCAGGCCCAUAGUCUGGUGGGAUCCGGACAUUCAGCAUUUAUCCGAUGAUAAUACUGACCAGAACUCCUUCCCGCUCACUUGGCUGCAGUAUCAAGCUGUGCUCAAGCAGAGGUGUGGUGUGAAAGAGUCUUCCCUGGAGUCAUCAGUACCUUGUGUGGGUGUCCGACACUCUGAGUGGGGCAAGCUUGCCUUCUUUGAUUUCCUGCUGCAGGUCAGUGAUCGUCUGGACCGCUACUGCUGUGGAUUCAAGCCUGACCCCUCUGAGUCCUGCGUAGAGGAAAUGCUCCAUGAAAAGUGUAGAAACCCAAAAGGACAAGUACUGGUGCACAUUUUGGUUAGGAAGGAGGACCCCACACGACUGGUGUUCAUUGACAAUGCUGGUAGGCCUCAUCAUCCUGAAGACAACCUCAACUUCAGGCUGUUGGAAGGUAUUGUUGAGGUUCCUGAGACUGCUGUAUCUGUCCUGAAGUCAGGGUGCCUACAAAGCAUGCUUCUACAGUCCCUGUACACUGACAAGGAAUUCUGGGAGAACCAGGGCAGACUUCCGGGGUUGAAGCAACUUACUCACAACAUAGAGAGACGAGGGAAGAUUCUGCUACAAUACAUUCAGGAUAACAAGUUAAAACUCAACAGAGACAAUUGAAAAGACUGUGAAAAAUUAAUCAGGGGUAAAAGCAGGUGAUCAAGGAUACAGGUUUUACUGUAUCAAACCAAAUGUUUGUAAACUUGAUAAAUGCAUAAUUAAAAGUUGUUGACCAUUUUUUAAUCACAUCUUUUUUUAAUGGAGUAAAGGUCAGUGGAGUGCACCCAAGUGGCUUAUUGUGGACUUGCUUCCAGGCCAGGGUAGACCCAAGGAUCAAAUAAGAAAGUGCAGGCACUCGCAUCUUACUGAUGUAUAGGACGUAUCGGGUUAGUCAUAAUAGCAGUUGUUAGUGGUUCUCUUACUAGUAUUUUCUGUCAGUAUCACUAUUUUAACCACUCUUUGAAGAUGUAUAUUUAAUACAGAUUGCAAAUAAACAAAAAGGUAAUUUAAGAAAAUUAACAUCUAAGCCUUGACUGUGCCUGUCUUCCUAAUUUUGACAGUUUGUUUAACUGGUUGGUAGUUGAUUGUAGUGUGAGCCUUGAUGCUGGUCUGGGGUAAAGAUUUAAAGAGAUGCAGUCUAAACACUGUAUAACCUUAGUACUCAUUCCAGGUCAAGUGCAUUAAAAUGGCUACUUCUAUCCCUAAAAUGCAGAAAAUACAAAUGUAUUGUGCAGUACAUACAGAUAUAUGUAUGUACACCAGUGGUCUGUGUGUAUUUUAAGGACUUACGCUGGCUUUUCCAACCAGCACAAGAAGGUUACACCACAGUGAGAAUGUUAAACAACAGUGCUACAGACGGUGUUCCAGUUUGUAAGGUCAUUUUAUUGUAGGUGGAAUGGCCUGUUUUUAUUUUAUAGGUUGUGGCAAACUAAGAUUUAGAUUUUUUUAGUUCUCCUACCAAAAUAUAUUAAUAACUUCUCACGUUCGACUGCCCUAUUAACAUUUUUAUGAUAGGAGGCUAUGUGGUCCAAUGGUUAAAGAAAAGGGCUUGUACCCAAGAGGUCCCCGGUUCAAAUCCCACCUGAGCCACUGACUCAUUGUGGGACCCUGAGCAAGUCACUUAUGACUGGUUCAUAGUUGGGAAGCAUAUUUGUAAAUUGUGUCUAUUACUAUGUAAUUUCCAUUUUGCGAGAACCUUUUUCUGUAAUUACUUGUAUCAAUUUGCAAUAAAUAAAUAUGGCAAAUUAUAAUAUUGUGCAUCUUUAGGACAGUGUAUGUUUCCUUAUUGUGCAUAAUUAUAUGUAACAUUACAACUACAUGAGUUUGUAGAUUACUGGUAUCUUAUUCACUAAUAUUAUCUUGAAUUAGAAGUAUUGAGUGCCUACACAACUUCAGCAUUCAUUCAAGCGGAGUGUCUGUGUGUCGCGUGUAGAGCUGGUUAAAGGAAUGCAUAAGGGUUUGCACAGGACAGCAGCCAAAGAUGCACAAUAGCAUCACGCUUUAUUAAAGCAGAUCUGAGCAUCCUGGAAAAUGCACUCCAUAUGUAUACUGCGACCCUGCUUGAUACAGCUUAGAGCAAAUAGUUAUUCCGUAGGUGAUUUCCAUUGACUGUAUAGAGUAAUAGUUGCUUCAAACACCAUUUACGUUGUUCCUGUUGCUCCAAUAUUGAGUUAUUGCCAUUUUUCUCUAAAUAUGCCUUUGCAUGGCUUUGAGUUUGCCUUCCUCAUUCCAUUCAAAUGAUAUGCCAAUAUAACUUUUCAACUCUGUCACAUUGUCAACGAGAAAGGCUUUUCAGUCCCUUAGAAUACUAUUGACAAGCGCAAGGCUCAACUUAACCAGGAAAAGACUUGAGAAAAAAGUUAAUACCUUAAUAAACCAAACCCAUAACCACUCAGUUAGAUGUAAAAGCAGGACAAAAAUAAUAUUUGAAUCUACUAAUUCUAAAAAAUAUAUUAGUUCUUUAAAAAAGUACAUUUUCACAGUAAUUCUGCAGGUUACCAUGCUUUAUAUUUAUACUAUAUGCCUUUGGUUUAUCACAGUAAACUUUUAUCCUUGCACAUGUGAAAGUGCUGUGUUCUCUGCACUAAGCCUCUGGUUCCACAGUUGGAAUGUCUGGAGAGAUAGCCCAAUCCACCUUUUCCAGUGCUAGGCAAAUAGUACAAUUUCACACUACAAUGCCUAUACCCUCUGGCUCGCUAGUGUUUGAUUAAACUCUGAUUGUCUGUUAAGAUUGGCAAUGAUAUACUGCAUGCUGUCAUUCUGUGUUUUUGUUUCACUGCUGCUUUCUAACUUGCAAGCUAACUUGUUACUCUGUUUGAAUAAGUAUGUUAGAUUUCCAGCUUUAUUUAAAUUAACACUUAGAAACAAGACUGUCAGCAAGUUGCUAAAUUUGAUGUGUUUUUCUCCAAUCAUAGUCACAGUCCAGCUGUUGUAUUCCUCACAAUUAACUGGUAAAUGUUUCUCAUAAACAUAUGGGUUGUAAAACUUUCAGUAUGCCAAAUUCCAACCAAAUCAUACAGUAGGAUAUUCUGCUCUGUAGUUAAAGUAAAACCUGCAGGCAAAGCUAGUGCUCAUCACUUAGAAAAAUAAAGAGCUUUAGUCCAGGAGGUGCUAUGGUAGUAAAAUAAAUGUGAUUUGAAAACAAGACACAAGAUUGCAGUCAUUGGUCAAGCUAGGGUUAUGCUGUAUCUAAACCUAAACAAAAACAUUUCAGGACAUUCGCCAAAAUGUUGUUCAGAAAAGCUUUACCAUUAAUUAGGUGGUGCAUAUAUAUUCCAGAAUACACUGAAGAUUGUGAUUGAAAUAGAUUUUGAAUGCUGAAAUGAACAAAGAAUACUGGUAAUCUAAAGAAGUAGUGAUCCUCUGAAGUUUAAAGAAGUCCAGGUUUAAAAUGCUUGUUUACCUUAGUACUCUUUUACUGGCACCAGAAACAAUGUUUGUACUGCUGUAGUAUGUAUAAUGCUAAUAAACUGUGCAUGGCAAAUACUUAGUGUUCUUAGUCAUUUGCAAUUGUAAACUCCCCCCGGAAAUUAAUUUAAACCAUUCAUUUUGGCUCUAGUGCCCUAAUCUUAAUUAAAAAAUAGGAGUCUAAUUGAGGCCAGAAUACAUAGUGCCUGAUGCUUGCUUGCAAUUUGUAGUCUUCAACAAUAUUGAUCCAUGUAUGCUGAAAUGCCAAAUAUAGAAUUCUGUUUGUAGAAUCUUGUUAAGCUGGGUGGUUGCUGAGUGCAAAUCUUUUGUGGCACCACAGCACACCUGUAGAGUGAAUUAAAAAGGACAACUCAAUGUCAUUAUGCAGCAGCAGUGUGGAGUAGUGGUUAGGGCUCUGGACUGUUGGCUGGAGGGUUGUGGGUUCAAUCUCAGGUGGGGGAUGCUGCUGUAAGGUACUUUACCUAGAUUGCUCCAAUAAAAACCCAACUGUAUAAAUGGGUAAUUGUAUGUAAAAAUAAUGUCUAAAAAAUAAUGUAAUUGUAUGUAAAAAAUAAUGUGAUAUCUUGUAACAACUGUAAGCUGGAUAAGGUCACCCUGGAUAAGGGUGUCUUCUAAGAAAUAAAUAAUAAUGUGA